UGGAUUCGAAGAAAACUAAUAGCGCACCGCCCAUCAGAAUCCCCAUAAACCGUCCAACUCCUCCUUCCACCUCAAAAAAUCCUGCAACUCUCGAUUUCCUCUUCCUCUCCCUCUUCUCCAAGUAAUUCACCCCUUCUUAUUUCUUAAUCUUCUUCCUCUUCUUAUGAACUCAUUCAAUUUCUUCUUCUUCUUCUCUUCCUCUUCCUCUCAUAUCCCCUUUUCAAUUAACUAACUUCUUGUUUCGUGUCCGUUUUCUUUCUUGACCCCUAAGUUUGAUUUUCUUCACCGACUUCCGAUUGGCGGCGAUGGGUUUCUUUUCUUCUCCCAGAAGACUACUGGGUUCUAUUUAUUUUUCUGUUUAUUCCCCUCCUCUUCCAUAAUUUUUCUCUUCUUUCUGUUCUUCCUCCGGAGUUUUUUUUGUAGCUUGUGUCGUAUAUAAACUUCUUUUCGCGAUUGAAACCAUCAUUCUUCGCUUUACGAUCGUUUUUAAGCCCGAUUUCGGAUGUGUCUGUUUUAAAUAUCUGGGUCUCUGUUAUUUCGUUUCCCUACUGCUCUGUUUUAGUAGUUUAGAUUUUUAAUCGAUGGAGAACGAUCAGGAUCAAUGUCGGUUACAGUUUCGUCAAUAUGGAAGCAAUCAUCGCCAUCUGAAUGGAGUUGAGGGUUUGGAUUCCAAGACUUCGGGAAACCGUGAAUCCGCCGACCGAUUCUCCGAUGCCGGAGAUUCGACCGGCCCCGAUCAGGACUCGAUGGUUUCGGACUCUGAGAGCGGAAUCUCAGGGCCCAGUAUGGAGCAAUUGGAAUGGCUCAACGAAGGGUUAGUGAAACUUGUUGAAGAAGACAAAAUCCACGACCUGAUCAAGAGAAGAUUCGUUUCUAGUUUGGGAUUACUCGGUCCGCAAACCACGGUCACGGCCGUUUACAAAAAUAGUCAUUCUACCCAUAUUGGGCAAGCUCGUCUGCACACGUUUCAGAUUUACUCGCAAGCAAUCGAGAAGAAAAAUGGAGGUAAUGCCAAUGUGAAAUACGCUUGGUUGGGGGCUUCGAAGAAUCAAAUAAACAAAAUUCUGGGCUAUGGUUUCGCCCAUUGCAAUAAGCCCGAGGACUCGCAGUUUCUUGGCUGUGGCAUUUAUCUCUCGCCAGAUAAUCUGCCUCUAGAAAGUCUGGAAGACUCUGUUGUUGAUGAAGAUGGGUUAAGACAUCUAGUGCUUUGCCGCGUUAUAUUGGGAAAAUCAGAGUGUGUUCAUCCUGGUUCUAGACAGAGCCAUCCGAGUUCUGAAGCCUUCGAUUCUGGCGUGGACAAUCUCUUUGCACCAAAGAAAUACAUAGUUUGGAGCACUCACAUGAACACCCACAUCCUGCCUGAGUAUUUAAUCAGUUUCAGAGUUCCUCCUCGCUUCAAAGGUAUUUUUAAGACUAAACAGCCUUCGAGGAUGCCAACCUCACCUUGGAUGCCAUUUCCAACUCUAAUCUCUGUUCUCUCAAGGUUUCUUCCUGCCCCUGAAAUUGCCAUGAUUACCAAGUAUCACAAAGACCACAGGGACAAUAAGAUUUCGAGGCAUGAGCUGAUAAAGCGAGUGAGGCAGAUAGCGGGGGACAAACUGUUGAUCCAUGUUAUCAAAUCAUUCAGGGCACAGCAAAGCAAUGGAGAUGUUGGAUUUGAAGAGAAGGGAAGGAGAAAUGGGGCAAAAAGUGGACAGAAACCAGCAGCAGGGAGUGUAGAUUCACCAAUUUUGUUAGAGUAGUUGGGUUGGAAGUCUGCAGUUUCUUUGUGUAAUGCAACAAGUGGGAGAGAGAAUUCGAGUGUCGAGUUGAAGCGGAACAAUCAGUGGCUAAUCAAAACAUGUAAUCGUCUCCAUACUGUACAGCAUAGUCUUGCAAAUGUGAAGUUGUAGCAUCAUCAGCCAAAUGUUACUGUUACUGCUUCUUGAAAGAAUAAGAAAAUGACCCUUCUUAGUUUCUUGAGGAUUUUCCCACUUUUCCUUCUUAAUUUUAGAUGUGUGAACAAGGAGAUAAGAGCAGACUUCCCACAAACUUGACCUCAGCCGAUUGCAAUGUAAUAGAGAAUUUGUUCUGUUCAUAGUUUGUAUGUAUAGCGUUAAGAGAUGAAGAAAUCUAAGUUUCAUGUUACA